GUGAAUACAAGACCUGAGUCAUUUAGGCUGCAGUUGCCACGGCCCCCUCCCCCCUCCCCAAUUCUGAGGUCUCCUGCUCCUACGUUUUUCUUUAUGGCCUCCCUUCCCUUGCCCUUCAGCUCCAACUAUGCACCUGAGUCCCCCCAGGUGAUGCACACCGAUUUCCCAGCCAGGACUGGAAGCUGCUGUGGGCACCGCAGAGGGUGGGCAGGGCCUGGGGAGGGGAUGCGUCAGGCAGACUUAGGGGAAGAGGAAGUGUCCUGGGCCCCGGGGAAGACUGGCUUGUCUCAGUGGGUGGGGACGGUCAUUUGUCGGCUUUCUGGACACACAGAGACAGACAGGAUGGAUUUCCUCCGGCUCCAUCUCCCUGGGCUGCAUCAGGCCUUGAGGGGGGCAUUGGAUUCCCUCAGCACCUUUGUCUCCUACCUGAUGGGCGAUGAGGUCCCCACUGUAGAGAGGAGGGAGGCAAGGGCAGCUGAGGAACUGGGGGAGGUGGCUGCAGGAAGGCCAGAGGAGACUGAAGAGAAGGGAGCCCAGGAGGCCCUUGAGGGCCUUGGAGGCAGCCAAAGCAAGGAGGGUGGAGGGCUGAGAGAGCCUAGAGAGGCUGGAAGGUACCAGGAGGGAGGUUCAGCUACAAAACAGACCUGGGAUUGGGAAGAAGGCAGCUCCCAUGGGUCUCAAGCAAACAGGCAGCUCACUGGGGCCUGGGAAGCAGCCAGGGCUGCCAGGUGCCAGGAGCCAAGUGCCCACUUAGAGGCCAAAAAGACGUUUGAGGCAGGGUCUAAGGCUGGUCGAGGCAACGGCAGCCAAACCCAGGAGAGUCGAGGGCCCAAUGAGCAGGAAGUGAACAGAGAGGAGACACGGAGAACCUGGGAACGGGAGGAGGAGGCGGAAGAGAUCAGGGAAGGGAAACCAGGGGUGGCCGGAAAGGCGGAGUCAGAGUGGACCUGGCAGAGGGAGCCCGAGGGGAAGGUAGCAGGGGACAGCAGGGAGUCAUUAGAGCAGGUGUUCAAGGAGGCAGUUGCAGAGGAGAUCCAGGCGCCUAGGGCCAAAGAGGCUGGGAAGGAAGGAGAGGUGAUGGUGGUCCUAAGGGGUAGCCAAAGCACAAGGGUAGAGAAAACACGGGAGUCAGGGACAGAAUCUGAGGCUGGGACAACCUCAGGCAGGGAGGAGGAGGCCAGGACAGCCUCAGGCAGGGAGGAGGCAGAGACAACCUCAGGUGGAGAGGAGGAGGCCAGGACAACCUCAGGCAGGGAGGAGGAGGCCGGGACAACCUCAGGCAGGGAGAAGGAGGCUGGGACAACCUCAGGCAGUGAGGAGGAGGCCGGGACAACCUUAGGCAGGGAGGAGGAGGCCGGGACAACCUCAGGGGGAGAGGAGGAGGCCGGGACAACCUCAGACAGGGAGGAGGAGGAGGCAGAGACAACCUCAGGCAGGGAGGAGGAGGCUGGGACAACCUCAGGUAGGGAGGAGGAGGCCGGGACAACCUCAGGGGGAGAGGAGGAGGCUGGGACAGCCUCAAGCAGGGAGGAAGAGGCUGGGACAACCUCAGGGGGAGAGGAGGAGGCCAGGACAACCUCAGACAGGGAGGAGGAGGAGGCAGAGACAACCUCAGACAGGGAGAAGGAGGGUGGGACAACCUCAGGUAGGGAGGAGGAGGCCGGGACAACAUCAGGGGGAGAGGAGGAGGCCGGGACAACCUCAGACAGGGAGGAGGAGGAGGCAGAGACAACCUCAAGGGAGGAAGAGGCUGGGACAACCUCAGGGGGAGAGGAGGAAGCCGGGACAACCUCAGGCAGGGAGGAGGAGGCCGGGACAACCUCAGGCAGGGAGGAGGAGGCUGGGAUAACUUUAGGCAGGGCAGAGGCCGGGACAACCUCAGUUGGGAAGGAAGGUAACCUCUCGGGAGCCAGGGAGCCAGAAUAUGGGGGAGUCGUCUCCGGAGAAAGGAUCUCAGAGGGCACUGGGAGGACCUGGGCAAUAGAGGAGGCCACCAGGGAAGACCAGGAGGAGGAGGUGGAUGAGAAGAGAAAGGCUGAGAUCAGCGUUUCCCCCAAACAGAGCCAGGCUCUAGGAACUGAGGGUGUGGAGGAAGCAGUGAAGGACCAGCUGGCAGGGAGGGAGCCUGCAGGAGGCCAGGGGUCAGAGGGGGAGGGAGAGGGGUUUGAGGUCCAGGCAGAUCGGGACGGGGAAGAGGCCGAGGGGAGGCAAGCCUCGGUGAACAGGACUGUUGCCCUUGGUCUGGAGGAGGUGGUGCAGGCAGAGAAGGCCAAAGAGGAGGGAGAGAGUUGCUGGAUCGCCGAGGCUGAGUUGCCCAAGAACAAAGUGGCAAACGAGGCUGAAGGCGAUGCUGGCUUGGAGGCAGCCCCGGAGGCCAGCCUUGAGAAGGAGUGCAGGGGGGAGAAGAGCGAGGGGGAGGCUCGGACAGGUGGAGAAGGGCUGGCGUUGGAGGGCAGUGGCCUUGAGCACGAGGUCACCGAAGGCCAGGACCCUGAGCUGAUGGCCGCCCCCCAGACCCCAACAGAGCAGCCUGAGGAAGGACUGGGGGAAGAGGAAGAGCCCCGGGGCAUCCCAGCCCUGAACAAAGAGGAGACAGAAAGGAGCCCGGAGGAAUACCCCAGAAACCUGGGGUAUGGAAAGCCUGGUGCCUCUGGGACUGAAGCCCAGAGGAGGGACUUGGAGGGAGGGGAUUCCCACAAAGAAAAAGCAGGUGCUGAAGAGGGGGAGGAGGAGGCUGUAGGAAGCCAGGCAUCAGAGGAGGCCGAGGAGGCCGAGGGAGGCCAAGAGUCUGCGCUCCCAGAUGUCCUGGAGGCAGGUGGGGAGUGGAAGAAAGCCGAGGAAGCAGGGUGUGGAGCAGAGGAGGGAGAGGCCCGCGGAGCACAGAGCCAGGAGCCAGGUGGAAGGUUCAGCGCAGGGGCAGGGGCAGGUCGGGCACUGGGGGAGUCAGAUGCCCGAGGCACCGAGGAUGAGGAGGCAGAGGCCACGGUGCCCUGCAGGGCAGACACGACAUCCAGCGGAGUCUGGGGGCUGGAGGAGGCGGCUCUGAGCCUCCAGGACGGCGAGGACACAGGGGUCAGGUCUUUGGCCGCUGAGAUAGCGGGGGACAAGGCCGAUGGGAGGGCUGCUGUGCCUGGGGGAGGGCCCAAAAGAGAGGCUGGGGAAGCUUGGGAAUCAGAAGGGAGGCAGGAGGCUGGGGGAGGAGAGGAGCUGGUGGAGGCUGCGUGGGAAAAAACCCGAGGGGGGCCAGAGUUUGGCCCGGAGGGCUCAGCAGACAUGGAGGUAAAUAGCAGAGGGGGCCCAGAAGAGGCUUUUGAGGCCGGAGACGGUGAGCCCUGGGGAGAGUGCGCAGAGGUCAAGGAAUCUGCAGUGGCAGAGGGAAGCUGUGGGACGGACAGCUUUACCUGGGGUUCCCAGGUGGCGAGGGCAGAGGGCGCCACGGCCACCACGGUAGAGGCCGAGGGGCUCCCAGGAGGGCAGACGCCGCCGUGGGAACAGGAGGCUGCGGGAUGGCGGUUAAAGGAGCAGGGGCAAGGCGGUGAGGGGCAGCGUGGGGACCUCCACCCUGAGGAAGAGGCACAGAGGCCCCUCGACGUGGAGGGUGUUGAGGUGACUGAAGACCAGAGGGCAGAGGCCGGGGAGAUUGUUCCAGAAGGCCCGGAGGACAUCCAGGGCCAGGAGGACCAGUCAACAUACCAGGAGCCUGGGCCACGUGGGGAGACGGCAGCAAGUACCGGAGGGGAUGCUCACGGCAGCUGGAGUGAGGCCCUGCUUCCUGGGUCUCGCCUGGACGUCUCUGUCUCGCGGAGCCGUGUACUCCUGUCUCGAAGCUCCUCGCAGCGUCGCUCCCGGCCCUCUUUCCGACGGACCCCCGCCCCUGAGCGGCAGGAGGAGCCUCCCAGCCCCCCCCCUGAGGAAGAGCCGUCAGCCCCCGAGCAGAGACUUCUCCGGCCAGAGGAACCCCCGGAGGCAAGCCCCCCAAAGCCUGAAGGGACCCCACUGCCAGCCAGGAGAAGGCCCCUGGGACACGGGUUUGGCCUUGCCCACCCCGGCAUGAUGCAGGAACUGCAGGCCCGACUGGGCCGGCCCAAACCCCAGUGAGCGCCCGGAGCCCCUGGGAGCCGGGCCCUGAAUGAGCGUCAGAAGGAUCCGCCAAAUCCUGCUUGGCCUAUCUCCCUCCGCCACUUUGGACACACCCUUUUCCACCCUCUGGGCCUUGGUUUCUUGCUGUGUCAAGCUCGGAGCAGACAGAGAAGCGUGAACUGGAGGAGUCUGACUGCAAUGUGGCUGAUGGACACGCCCCCCCCCCCCAACCCCUGGCCCGCUGGGAGCGCGCCCCUCACGGCCUGUCCUGAUCACGCCUCCGGCGCAUCUCUGCUGUCUGCAGGACCGAGGGGACGGGACAGUUCUCCUCACGGCCUUCCCUCCCCGACCUCUCCGGUCCCCACCCAGGCCUCCAGAGGGCAGUGCAGUGGGAACCCACAGCUCGGCGGGGGUGGGCGCUAGCCUGGAGGAGAGGGGUCAGGAGGCCCUCUGGACCUCCAUCUGCAACCAGAGGUUGAUGGGAGACGGAUCAGUGGCCUUGAGUUUGAAAAACUCACGGCUCUGCAGGUUACUGUGGCAGCCACCAGCCCAGCAAGCCAGUCUGGGGGAAGGUGGGCCGCGAGCCCCCGAAAUUUAGGAGCAGAGAGGGGUCCAGGGCGGCCAGAGACUACAGACCCCCCCCCCAGACCCUUUUGUCCUUUGGCGUCAGGCACCCCUUCUGGGAAAAGAAGCCGAGGCUGAGAGAGGAUGACAGUGCUUUAUUCGGCACCCCGCACGGUGGCCUAGCCCGGGGACAACUAGCCGGCUCUGAAACAAUAAAUAAACCAUCAUUUUCCUAAACAAUAAAUAAAUAUCCAAGAAAUAAA